AUGUCCUUAUCCCCCGACACUUCAGGCGACCAUGCCAACGUGAUCCAGCUCUCUAAGCCGUUUCUGAGCAAGGAGGAGAUUGAGUAUAUGUUUCGCAACAGUCUCGCGGACGAGACCCAGGUCCGCACGUACAAUGACAAAAAAAAGGAGGUCUUCCAGUUUCUGUGCCAGCUGGUCAAAGUCUUGAAGUUUCCGACCAAGAUCCUUCAGAGCUGUUUUUACUACUACCAGCGUUUCUACAUGUUUAAUGACUUUGGAAAGUACGGGAACCUUCAUUAUGACGUGGGAUUGACCGCCCUUUUCGUCUCGCUUAAGCAGAACGACUACAUCAAGAAACUGUCUUUGGUGAUAUCGGAGGCGUACAAGUUGCGCAACAUCGCAGCGGGUCCGCAGGAACAGGACGAGUACCGCAAACGGCUGCUCGCAAUGGAGAAAAAGUUUAUGGAGUUCGAGGCGUUCGACUUUCGGUACUUUAUGAUUGAGGAGCUGCUGAUCAAGUACGCCAAGUACUUCCGAAUCCCAAAAGAGGUGUGUUUUCUUUCGUGGUCGAUGCUGAACGACCUGUACGCGACAGAACUGCCGUUGCAGUGGCCUUCCAACUUUAACUCCGUCGUGGUGUUGAAGAGCAGUCUUUUGGUAUGGAACGAGAUUAAUGCCGAGCGCAGAGUCGAACGUGUCAUCAACGAGCGCGAAGUCUCUGUCAACGCGCGCAAGGAGGAAACUAGCAACGCGGUCAGCGAGCUGCUGGACUACUAUAUGCACAACUACGAAGCUUCGUUCAUGAAACAGGCACUGGACCAGCUCAACAUCCAGCUGGACAGCAAACACAUUAUUAAUAACGUCAUUCUCAACAUCAAGAUCGGGCUUCAUCAAGACGAACGCGCACGGCCGCCAAAACGGCAGAGAAACCUGGACGACGACCUGUUCUUCAAGCUCAGGGACUACGACGUGGGAAAGACAUCCUCCAUCAGGUUCCUGUACAGCAAAAAGAUGUACCUCGACGAAGUGAGCCAAUAUCCUAGCGAGAAGGCCAAGGCGCCUCCAAAACAGGCACCACCGCCACAGAACCGUCCGAAAAAUAGACCGCAAGCGCCCCACACUCCAAAUAACGAACACCCGAAAAGACCUCGCCCCCACCAGUCUUACCAGUCGCCAAACCACCAUCCUGGCCCGCGGAAAAACUUCAAGAAGAACUACAACCCGUCCUUCACAAACAACCGCAAACGCCCGCAGGACAGAGCGUUCGAGAAGUAG